AGGAAACGAGCACAAUCAAUUCAAAAACACAACGACUGCCCUCACGUACUUUCACGUGGGGGAUAUGAUUUGCUUCAGAAGAAAUUGUUAGACGAGAAACGAAAAAGGAUACAAGAGGAAGCAUUGUUGAGUGAUAAUCCAGCAAGUCUUGAUGACCCCCCAUCUCCAAUAAAAAGACAUGUUUAGUGGAAGGUUUCUCGGACCAGGGCUGUUGGCAAUAUGACAUCUGAGUCGGCACAGGAAAUUGCAGAUAAAAUAGUAAGUUCACUAAUAUGUUGCAAUGUUCAUAUGUUUAAGUAUUUUUGUAAUGACAAUGACUGCACGCUGUGUAUUUUUUGUGUCACUUGUUUUGUGUAGGACUCCUUAGAAGAGCAGGUAACGCAAGGUUCGUUUGUACCCCAUGGUCGGCAAGACAUACUGAACACUGCCAUUGGGCGACCUGACCAUGGGGGUCGCAUUCGGGCAGCAGGCUCAGGUGUGACUAUUACUCAGUACUACGGAAGGGCAUCAAGGACAUGCAGCAGCUCGUCCACAUCCAUCAGCCAACAACAACUAGAUGAAGUUGUUGCAAGGCUUAGGGAAGACAUGACUGGUCAGAUUAGGGAAGAAUUGAGGACUCAGCUAGAAGAGGAAAAUAAAAUGAGCUUGGAAAUAAUGACCAAUGCAUUGAAAGAGGCUAUUAAAAAAGAGUUGUCAAAUAAAGGAUCCCCAGAGUCGCUCCAAAUUCAGUUGGACAUACAACAAUUAGGUGCGCGUGUCAGCACUAAGGGAAGUAAUGUUGUUAUCAAUGUCCAGCCUUCACAAGAACAUCAUGCUGAUGCCAUACCAUUGAUGGGACUGUAUGUGCAGCGUAAGGAUGGUACACUAAGGUUGGUGGCCAUGGGGAAAAUAAUGGAGGGGGAUUCAAUCAUACACACAGUGGCAUAUGCAGAUGAUGUUGUCAGGGUAAGUGUGGAAACAAUUAUCGAUCCUGAGGCUGAGGUCCCCUAUGCCACCUCAGAAAUACAAUAUGUGAAGCAGGCCGUCAAUACAUUUGUAGCUUGGCCCACACACCUUGUGAAAGCUGUAUUAGAUGAGGAUCCAGAAAGUAUUCCGCACAACGAGGAUGCACAUGCGCCAAAGCCGGCUAAUGUGGACGCAGAUGAUCCGUUGCGUGGCUUGAUAAAGUACAGUUUCGAUAUUUACGACAAGCCAGUUGAAAUCAACUUUGAUGGGAGCUGCUUUGGAAUUGUAGAUGCACCGACAUCGAUAUUCAUAACAUAUUCAGAUGUUAGUGAAAUAAUAGCAGGAGACAAAAGUCUUAACAUAUCUGUCUUACAAUUAUGGUUAAUGUAA